GGUGGGGUGGGGGGCUAAUACAGGAAAAUGGUAAGGGCGUUCUCUUUCCUUAAACCCUUCCUUCACAACUACUACACUGAGAAGUGAAGAGUACCGACUCCCAAACAAAUACAAGCUAUUUACCGAUCUUAUUGCUAUCAAUGGCAUCUCAGGUGAUAAGAGAAUGGGUUGGAUUUCAGCAGUUUCCUUCAGCCACUCAGUCAAAGUUAAUUGAAUUGAUAAGAAAAUUGAAGCAGGAGAGUGUAAGUACAGUGACAAUCCUAGUAAUGGGGAAAGGUGGUGUUGGAAAAUCUUCAACUGUAAACUCAAUUUUAGGGGAAAGAGCAGUUGCUGUCAGUGCGUUUCAGUCAGAAACUCCAAGACCAGUGAUGGUUUCACGUUCAUGGGCAGAAUUUACAUUGAACAUUAUCGACACCCCCGGGCUGGUUGAAGGAGGAUAUGUCAAUGACCAGGCUCUUGAUCUCAUAAAGAGGUUCCUCCUGAACAAGACAAUUGAUGUUUUGCUUUAUGUGGAUCGUCUUGAUACAUAUAGGGUGGACAAUUUGGAUAGGCAGAUUGUAAAGGCCAUAACAGAUAGUUUCGGCAAGGAAAUAUGGCGUAGAGGACUUGUGGUCCUCACACAUGCUCAGGUCUCCCCUCCUGAUGGAUUGAGUUAUGACGAGUUCACUUCGAGAAGAUCAGAGGCACUUCUGAAAAUUGUCCGCCUGGGAGCUCGAAUGAAGAAACAAGAGAUCAAGGCUGCUUCAAUUCCUCUUGUUUGCGUUGAGAACAGUGGGAGAUGUAACAAGAAUGAACUCGACGAAAAGAUUCUUCCAAAUGGAACUGCUUGGAUACCCAGUAUACUCCAAACUAUUACCGAAGUUGUCGUAAGUCAAAGCAAGGGUAUCUUGAUUGAUCAAAAAUUGAUCGAAGGACCAAAUCCCAACACUAAGGGCAAAUUGCUGAUCCCUCUUAUCGCAACAUUCCAGUAUUUCUUCGUUGUGAAAAGGAUCCAGACGUGGAUCAAAAACGACAUUUCAAGAGAGAACAGACCUUCAUGGGCAUAAGCAAACCCCUCGGGAUGAGCCUCGUUACCAACUAACUCAAUUUCCCUUCUGGUUCUUCGUAGUAUUUCGAGUUUUCCUUGUCAUAAGUUCUGUUCAUUUUUGGUAAUAUUGUAGCAGUUGUGCGUUUUUUGUUAAUAUUGUAGCAGUUGUAGUUAGCCGUAUUAGUUGUAUGCACCAAAUGAAUUCCUGUAUCUUUUGUUGAGACUGGUUUUACCCUUACCAAAUAUUUUUGUUCCAAGUUAUUGCAGUGUCCACUUUGUCUA